GGCUGGGGGAAAACCUCUUGAUGCAGCUGUUAUGCUGUGAAAUAUCCCAUUUGGGCUCUUCCCUGGCACCUAAAACUACAGGUCUGGUCUCCGCUGGUGGGACGCCAUCCUGGGCCGGGGGCGAUCCGCUGGAGUGUGCUCUUGCAGAAAAAAGGUCCCGCAGAACAAAGGUCCCAGCCCUGUCCCGCCUCGCCUCUCCUCGCCCUGCCUUGCCCUCUCCUCCCGUGCCUCCUCCUCCCUGCCGUCCCCCCCGUGCCGCCCCUCGCGGGCCGGGCCGGGCGGGGCCAUGCGGACGCGGCUUGCCGCGGCGGGAUCGCAUCGCCGGCGCUCCGGGAGCCAGGCACGGCCGCAGGAUGGACCUCCCCGACCAUGCAGGUCCUGCUGCCGUCCCCAAGCACAUCCUGGACGUCUGGGUCAUUGUCCUGAUCAUCCUGGCCACCAUCCUCAUCAUGACAGCCCUGGUGCUCUGCCCAGCCACUGCUGUCAUCAUCUACCGGAUACGGACACACCCCAUGCGCAAUGGCAUCGUCUGAGGCUGGGACAGAGGCGAUGAGGGAUGGCCAGUGUGCCGGGCAGGGGGCCACAGCCAUGGGACCCUGUGCUGGGGACCCUGCAGAGCCUGACAGGGCACUCCAAGAGCCAUGGAGAGCCAGACAGGAGCCAGAGUGGGCCAGCUCCUGGAUGCCAGCCUCUUCCACCUUGCUCUUGCUGGGUGAACCCACUGCCUUCUGUUUACCCACCGAGCACACAGGGACUGUUGGGGAGAUGGUGGCCUGAGCACCAGCGAGGAGAUGUGUGACUGUGACCAUGUCUGGCUAAAAACAAUUUGCUGGCACGAGGCAGGCAGGCUGCCCUCACCUUUGCUGGUGACUCUCUCCUCACAAGGAAUGGAAAUACCUGGCAGUUAUUUCUUCUGUGGAGUCCUAGGUGUUGGAGUGGUUGGGAAAGAAGGGUCAAAGCAAGAUGGAUGUGGCAUCUGUUUGUGCAUUUGGAGACUGACUGAAAGCACUAGUGACAGGGCUCGUCCUGGCUGCACAGCAGAUGUGAAGCUGGCACUGGCUUCUCCUCUGUCACAUAUCUGCAUAAAUUGCAGGAAAACUCUCUGGAGUGCCCGGUUGUCGGGCAGAAGAGCAUAGGCAGCUGCUGCCAGCCUGCCCAUAUGCCCACACACCAGCAAAGGCCCCCACAUGCUGGCCCCAUGGAGGGGGUGUCUGUGCCUCUCACCUGGGCAGGCAAAGCGAGAGGAACAGGGGUUCAUGACCAUGCACUAUCAAGGGACCAUAUAAGCUAUAAAAUAAACGGUCUUUAUUUCACACAA